CAGAGUGAAGAUAGUUCAAGUCCCAAGAGACAAUGCCUUUCUCAUUCGGUCUUUGACCAUACAACAGCAUCACCAACCGUAUCACCAAUGCAACCAUGGGAGAUGACAUCAAAUAGGCACCUUCCUUUGUCUCAGUCCAGCCAACAUCACUUGUCUGGGGAACGCUGCAGCACACCUGCACAAAGGAGGAAGAGUCCUCCUGUUCAUCAUCAGAGAGCAAGAAGGGAUCGUCUGUCUCGACACAGUUCUGUUAGCCAAGAUGAAAACUUUCACCAUCUCUCCUAUGAACAGCAGCAAGCCAUAGAAGAGUCCCAAGCCUUUAACCCUCCAAAUAUAUCCCAUCAUAUGUUGCACUCAGCUGGUCACUCAUCACAGCAGAACACAGUGAUGGUUGACAUUCGUUAUCAGAUCCAUCAGGGCGCAGUCCCCAUCUCAUACACAGUGACAACGGUGGCGCCACAUGGAAUUCCACUUUGUACAGCCCAGCACAUACAACCCUGUAGCACACAGCAGGUCCCAGGUUGUUCUGUGGUAUUCAGUGGACAGCACCUUCCUAUCUGUAGUGUGCCUCCUCCAAUGCUUCAGGCAUGCUCAGUCCAACAUCUACCAGUACCAUAUGCAGCGUUCCCACCUCUGAUUUCUAAUGACCCAUUCAUUUUGUAUCUUCUUCAUCUUUGUCCACAUCACCCAUCUCACCUGACAUCUCCAGGGCAAUUUGUUCCCUUCCAAGCACAGCAGCCACAUUCAAAAGUUAUCCGUGAGUCCUUCAUGAUGUACGGCCAAACCAUGGCCAUGUCUCCCUCGGUGUUCGUGACGAACAUGGGCCUCCGGCUCACACAGCAUUGUGCUGCUCCUUCCAAACCCCGUGACAGACAUCCGCACCGGUUUCAAGGGCCACUCUGGGGGCCAGUCGGCAAACCUGACAAUCGUGAUGUCUGCGCCAGCGUCAAGAAGCCCACGGAGGCUAAUCUCUGA